AUGUCGACAAAACAUUAUUUCUCAGAAGCAGCUGCAAAUUCCUUAGUACCUCGAGCACUCAGGUCUCUUGUAACAGCCAAUCCCCAUCUCAUCUUGAACGAGCCCGAACGUGUAGUAGCCAACCAAUAUCACGACCCCUCGAAAGUCGCCAUCAUCAGCGGUGGCGGUUCAGGCCAUGAGCCCUCCUGGAGUGGUUUCGUCGGCGAAGGCCUGCUCUCUGCAGUAGCAUGUGGUGAUAUCUUUGCCUCACCGAGCACCAAGCAAAUCCUGGCCGCCAAGAAGCUGGCACCGUCUACCAAGGGGACCAUUUUUCUCAUCACAAACUACACUGGAGAUCGUCUUCACUUUGGCCUUGCUGCCGAGAAAGCAAAGGCCGCCGGGUCGGGGGAAGAUUAUCUGGUACUUCCAGCGACGGAUGAUGUUUCUAUUGGGAGGAGCAGAUCGGAACGAGUAGGAAGAAGAGGCAUGCCUGGUCAUGUCUUUACGAUGAAAGUUCUCUGUGCUGCCGCUGCCGAGGACUGGUUUUUUGAACAGUGCGUAAACUUAGGUCGAGCAGUCAACGACAACACUGUCUCGAUCGGAUCAUCGCUUGAUCACUGCCACGUGCCAGGUCGGCAAUACCAGAAGAUCGCCGAUGACAUUUGCGUUAUCGGAGCCGGCAUCCACAAUGAACCCGGCCAACAACUGGUUUCUCCUUUCCCGACUGUUGAAAGCGUCAUAGAGUCUUGUUUGAAGCUACUAUGUGACCACAGUGAUCCAGAACGAGGGUUCUGCAAGUUCGCCCAAGAUGAUGAGACAUUACUGCUUGUGAACAAUUACGGUGGUCUUUCAAAUCUGGAGCUUGGUGCAUUGGUUGACGAAGUUCAACAGCAGCUUGCUUCGACAUGGUCUAUUAAACCAGUCAGAUGUCUUUCGGGGUCUUUUGAGACCUCUUUGAAUGCACCAGGCUUCUCAGUCUCACUCUGUAAUCUAUCAGCCUCUGCAAGACUUUGCAACUCAACAACCGGAACAUUACUCGAGCUUUUUGACCGACCCACAACAGCUGUAUCCUGGCCGAACCUUGUCAGACCAUCACAGAAGCUUGUUCCCAGUAACGAAGGAAAGCAAAAUGGUCAUACAAAUGGAGAAAAGUCGGUUGCUACCACCAAACAGUACGACUCAAUGGAUCCAUCGUUGCUUGAGAGAUGCAUCAGGUCAGCUUGUGAGAAGGCCAUCCUCGCUGAGCCAAAACUCACCGAGUGGGAUAUGAUGAUGGGCGAUGGAGACUGCGGCGAAGCAGUCAAGGGCCUGUGUGAGUCCGUGAUUAGAAAACUUGAUGAGAGAAUUGCUGCUCCAGGCUCUGUUGUGUCGUUCCUCGAAGCAAUCACCGACACCGUUGACGAUAUGGGCGGCACACUCGGCGCCAUAUUUGGAAUUCUCCUCACAGCUCUCAACAACGCCCUCAAGCGCCAACUCGCAGAUCAGGGAGCAGUUAAGGAUGUAACUGCAGAGAUAUAUGCUGAAGCCCUUCAUAUUGCUGUCGAGUCUCUCAAGACCUGCACGACAGCAAGAGAGGGAGACCGCACCGUGAUGGAUGUUCUUCUGCCAUUUUCAGAUGAGUUUGUGAGGAACAAGAGUUUUGAGGCUGCGGUUGUGAAGGCGAAGGAAAAGGCAGAGGCUACACGAUAUCUGAGACCGAAACUUGGAAGGGCUUUGUAUGUUGGUGAGGCUAGUGAGCAGCAGGUGCCAGACCCAGGGGCUUGGGCGCUCUAUGAGAUACUACGCGGCAUGGCAGGAAGUUUAUAG